CCAACCGACACGCGGAGUACGGUUGUUACAUUGGCGCCCGAACAGUUUAAGACGCGAAAUAAGACAGGAAAAAAGCCCGAGUACAGAGCACGAAUGACGUCGUGGGUAUACAAAUUAGCUAAAAACGAAAUUAUAGAACAUCUACAAAAACAAAACGUAGAUACGGAGGGAACAUUCGAAGACCUGAGACAACGACUCGUUCAAUUAGCAAAAAGACAACCGGAAUUAUUUACAGACACGAAAAAAAGUAACUGGGUAAACGGCGCAGUAACCGAGAACAAGGACGCGAUGCCAGGAGGCAACGAUUCCGCUGCGACGAUAGAGCCGGGGGAAUCAAUCGCGAAAAUAAUGGGGCAAAUAAGGAAAUGGGGGUGCCACUUUGAUGGACGCGACCCCCACUCGUUCCUGGAACGAGUCGAGGAACUAAGCCAGGUAUACGGAUACCCAGGCGAAUAUUUACUAAGAGGGUUACCGGAAAUGUUGAGAGGCGAGGCUCUAACGUGGUUCCGGAAUGGUCGCGAGAAUUGGCAUUCGUGGGAAGAAUUUCGCGGCGAUUUCGAAGCAGAAUAUAUACCAAGGGAGUCCCAAGUAAGAAUGCGACGGCAAGCGAGGGGGCGCGAACAAAAGGAGGGAGAGCCGUUCCGGAGUUAUGCCAACGACCUGCUCAAGCUCAUGCGAAGAGCAGGCGGAUGGUCGGCAAAGGAACAGCUCGACCUCCUCUAUGAAAAUAUGCUCCCCGAAACGAAACGAUUUAUAAGACCGGACGAGGUGGACAGUUUAGGCGAACUUCGAGCGAGAGUAACGGAAGUCGAGCAGAUAGAACAACAGAUCUGGGAAAGAAGACAGAAAAAACCAGAAAAUCAAAACUUGCAGGAAAAAAUACCACCAGCAGCAACAACGCCCUAUAACAAGGACGAGUGCUGCUGGCGGAGACCACCGCGGAAGUUCUGCUCGCAAUGUGGCAAGGACGACGUACUGACAAGGGAGUGCCAUCCGCGACCGGGAAACGGGCAACGGGCCGAGUACCAGAAGGAAACUCGGCCCAGCAAAACCCAAUAA